UAUGUUAUUUUUAAUACAAAUAUUAAUAUUCAUAUAAAUAUAUAAUAUACAAUGUAUAAUAUAAUUAUAUAAAAUAUUAAUAUAUAUGAUAUAUAUAUUCCUUGACACAGCAGUUUAAUGGAAUGUUUUCACCUGGAUUAAUUCACCUCAUUUUACACGUGUUUUAAUUAAGAUAGAAUUCUACAGUGGAAAACAUUUUAAAUUAUAUCAAUACAUUUUCAUCGUAAAAGAUUCGAGUAAUACAGAUAAAAUUCAACCCUCUUAACUCAUUACCCAAUUCCAGGCUUUUCUUAGGGCUAAUUACAGUUAUUAACUUGAAGCAUACAUUUCCAGGGGCACCUGGGUGGCUUAGUCCGUUAAGCCUCUGACACUUUUGAUUUCUGCUCAUAUCAAGAUCUCACAGUUCGUGAGUUCAAGCACCUCCAUCAGGCUCUGCACGAAGAGUGCAGAGCCUGAUUGGGAUUCUCUCUCUCCCUCUCUCUCUCUCUGCCUCACCACCACUCUCUCUCCAAAUUAAAUUAAAAAAAAAGUAUACCCUUACAGAACCAUAUUAUUUGCAUGUACAUACAUAUAUUUGUAUUAAUGGAAAAAUAUGAUUUUGUGAAUUAAGCACCUUUUUAUCGGGGAAAAAAAAGUCAUGAUGUAAGUUUUUCUGCACAUAAAAACAUACGUUUUUAUUACUUGUGCCAGGCCACAAUAGGGAUCAUUUCCAUAGUGUAUAAAUCUGUACUGCCUCAUCUAAAACGUUUAAACUUUAAUUUUGGCAGUCUUUCUUAAUCCCCGCAAAAAUAAUUUCAGGGAAGGAAAGGAGUCUAUUACACGGAGCCUCCUUCAGCAAGGUUUAGGGAAUUGUGACCCCAGGUGGCCAGAGAGGGAUUUUAAAGAAAGAACGACGAGGAUUUUCUGUCAAAAGACCUUUAACUUUUCCUUCUCGCCAAGUCCAGCGUAGGCUGGGGAUGAGCUCCUGCCUCUUUUAGGCGGUCUUACUAAAAGGACCCCAAUACCGUGACCGACCCCGGGCCCUCCUAAGUUGCCCCUUCUUGCAGCCUUUUGCUGAGUAGCGCGGGAACAACCAGCUCGGGUUCUCUGGUCCGCUCAGCCACCUCUGGCCCCACUGGGCCCCGCCCCCGGCCCCGCCCCUCUUGCCCUGCUUCAGCCGCCCGGCCCCGCCCCAUUCGGACAGGCCCCGGCCUGCCCUGCGUGGCCCCGCGGAGAGGCCCCCCCGUGGUCCCUCCCACACGAACCCGGCCGCGUGUGUUUGGCCUGAGUCAAAGCCGCGAAGAUCCGGAGCCAUGUGGAGGACUGUCCAUGCCGUGCUCCGGACCCCCGGAACCCCACUCCUGCUCCGGAGGUCAAUGUCCACAUCUGCCCUUCUCGCCCAGAAGUCUGCGACCUUGACCGUCACCCCCAAGACUGGGCUGGCCGACGAGCUCCUGGAUAUUAAAGUGGAGGGCUUAGGUCCCAGGGAGCGGGUGACCCUUCGGGCGUCGGCCGUCAGCUACCGAGGCCGCCUCUUCCGAUCGGUGGCCCACUACGAGGCUGACGGCCGCGGGGGGUUGGACCUGGCCAGGGACCGGGCUCUGGGCGGCGACUUCACGGGCGUGGAGCCCAUGGGGCUCCUGUGGAGCCUCACCCCGGUCGGCUCGGAGGAUCCCUGCUUCAGCCAGAUGCCGAGAGGCGUGAUGAAAACCCCCCUCAAAGUGGAGGUGACCGUCCACCACGCGCCGCAGCAGCAGGCGGUACCGCUGGGCCCGGCGCUGGCCUCUGCCCAGGUGCAGCGCUGGUUUUCCAGCCCGGAGCUGAGCCGCGCUCGCCUGCAAGCCGGCCGCCUGCGGGGCGUCUUCUUGCUGCCCCCAGGAGAUGGUCCUUUUCCUGGUUUGAUUGAUAUGUUUGGUGAUGGAGGAUUAAAUGAAUCUCGAGCUAGUCUCCUGGCUUGUCGAGGUUUUGCUACUCUGGCUUUGCCAUUUUUUGGCUAUGAAGAUCUACCUCCAAUCAUGAAAGACUUAAAUUUAGAUUACUUUGAAGAGGCAGCUAAAUUUGUGCAAAGUCACCCAAAGGCCUGCAGCAACAAGUAGAUCCAAAGCCAUAGUUUCUGGUGAACAGCUUUUGGGAUCUAUUUUGCCAGGAUUUAAGAGAACAAAGAAAGGAUCCAAAGUAUAUAAUUCUUCAUUCUUUUCCUGUGUGAAUGUUUUAAUUUUUAUUUUAUUUUUAAUUUUUUUUUUAACAUUUAUUUAUUUUGAGACAGAGAGAGACAGAGCAUGAACGGGGGAGGGGCAGAGAGAGAAGGAGACACAGAAUCGGAAGCAGGCUCCAGGCUCUGAGCCAUCAGCCCAGAGCCUGACGCGGGGCUCGAACUCACGGACCGCGAGAUCGUGACCUGAGCUGAAGUCGGACGCUCAACCGACUGAGCCACCCAGGCGCCCCUGUGUGAAUGUUUUUAACCUUUGAGAAUCUGAAACUCAAAAUGUACUUGAUGGGAAAUGUUGCAUGAUAUUAUAAAUUAAUUUUCAGAGACCAGUAAAUUUUUGCUUAUAUAUUGGUAAAUAGUUUAUAUAGAGGUAAAUAAAACAUAUUCAUGGUCAAAGUUUACUCCUCCAAUGACAAGAAGUAAAAGUAACAUUCUGAGCAAGUAUGAAGAUAAAAUUAAUUUGCUAAUGAUAUUUCACAAUUAAUGCAAUGCCUUAUGAUGUAAUCCACAGUUUUGAGUAAGAGGCAUACUCUGUUAUGAGAUCUGUUUGAGGAUUAGAUUCCCCUUUCAACCCCAUCAACAAAACUGGCAAAGAUUUUGGCAGCCAAGAAAAAUUCUAGUUUGGAGACAUGUAGAGGUGUGGAGAUCUCAAACAAACAAA